UCUGCCGUAGUGACAGAGGGGAAGUGCCCCUCCCGCGUGUGUACUACUGCUUGUGCGCGGCACGUGCGCGCGGCGCGUGUUGUUUUCGCAGUGGUGCCUGCGAGCUGUGCGUGUGUGUACGCCGGGACUGAGAGGGGAGAGAGGCGAAGGCAGGAGGAGGCUGGAGCAGAGGAGAGCGUCGCCGUCGUCUGCUAGAGGCCUGCGCGUCCCUGCCGUGCUCUGCUGCCGCAGUCGCCCUCCUCGCACGUGUUCUUAUUGAUCUCCGCUCGCACGUUUUUCGACUGCCGUGUCACUGGAUCCCUAUUCAGUCAUCCUAUUUCCACAAAGGACGAAUCUUCCGUGAUCUCCGUCUUUAUCUCUCUCACUCUCUCUCUCUCCCGCAUCGAUUUGCGUGGUACUGUAGACCAUAGCUAGUGGCGGCGCACUUUGACCUUUGCACGUCGGUUCAUCGGCGGCGGUCAGUUUUACGGACACGGUACUGUCCGAGGCGAGUAAGACGUGCCGCGCUCGAGGGCUCGGGUAGCGCCGAGCUGCUAGGACGCAACGCGACGCGGAAGCGAGCGUCUGCAGUGGCUGAUCGGCGGCAGGCAGUCAGCCUGGGUCUAGCCCCGCCCUCCAAGACGUCCACUUCCAACACCCUCCGGCGUCGCCGGCGUUAAAAUCCUCACCUCUGCAAGGCGUGUGGCGAUGCCUGGGACUCGGCUGAUGGUGGCGGCGGUGCUGCUGUGGUGCGCGUGCGCGGCGCCCGCUGACGCCUCCUUGCGGACCAGGAUUCCGCCGCGGCGCCGCAACGUGGUCGUGCUGGCGCACGACACGCGGCCCGGCUUCGACGUACGCCAGUUCCCGAAGGGCCACAGCUACCAUCUGCUCGACACCGGAUUCUCCGACUACUUCGCCCUGGUGCCCGGCGACAUACUCAUGACCACGGCAGACCUGCGCCCGCUGCUCGGCCGGAACGUCACGCUCGCCGUGCUGGAGGACGGCGCCGUGAACCGGACGCUGGAAGUGGCCGUGCUGGACCGGCGCGACAUGCUGCGCUUCGAGGAGCGCCGCGACCCGGCCACGGUGGCGGAGAACGCGCCCGCGGGCACACACGUGGCCACGCUGGAGCCGGUGGCCGGCUGGCGCGGCGGCCCGCUGCUCUACCGGCUGCUCGUCGGCGACCCCGGCGGCGCCUUCCGGCUGGAGGCGGACAACGGCUCCAGCGCCGCGCUGGUCACCGCCUGGCCACUGGACCGCGAACAGCAGGCCGACUACGAGCUCACCGUCGAGGCGGAGGACGCCCUGGGGCUGGAGCGCGCCAUCACCACGCUGCGCGUCCGCGUGCUCGACGAGAACGACAACGGCCCCGUCUUCUCCAGCAAGGAGUACCGCUUCCCCGUCGACGUGGGCUGGGUGCCGCCGCCGGGCCGCUUCCGCACCGUGGGCAAGGUCUCCGCCGCGGACGCCGACGGGGACCGCGUCGUCUUCUCCCUGGGCGCGCCCAGCCGGCUGGUCGUGAUCGUGCCGCAGACGGGCGAACUGCUGCUGGCCGGCGACCCGCCGCAGGAGGACACCGACUACGAGAUCAUCGUCGAGGCGCACGACCUGCGCUCGCCCAGCCGCAGUGCGGUCGAGCCGGCGCGCGUCUUCCUCCAGUUCAACGUGCCGCCCCCGGUCCAGCAGGAUCGAGAUCUCCUGGCGAUAUCUGAGGAAGAACAACACAUCGACGACAUCGAGAAAGAGUUCGAACCCGGCCCCGACCCGGAAGAAGUGGCUGAAGUCGUUCCGAGCGUGCACCGCAUCACCAAGCGCCGAGUGACGCGCGCCGUGCGGCCCACCAAGAGGAUAGAGUUCACAGAGGCAGACGGCGAGACCGAGGGCCGUGUCGUCUUCCAGCUGGAGAAGGAGACGGAGCGCGAGACCUUCAAGAUCCGCGACGAGAACCCCUGGGUCACCGUCGAGCCCAAUGGCGCCGUUCGCGUCAAGAAGAAGUGGGACUACGAGGAACUAGGCCCGGAGAAGACCAUAGACUUCUGGGUCACCAUCACCAACGCCGCAGCAGCUCAGGUGGUCUUCAGGAAGCUACGGGAAAAGAUGGCUAUUGUUACCCAAGAAAAAGCUUGA